CCCCCCUCCGCCCUGCCCGAUUGCCCAGGAAACCGAAACUCGCAGCCUCCCUCCCCGGGCGGCGGCAGCGCCGCGCUCCCCCGGCGGGCGGCGCCUCGGUGCCCGGCCGAGCAGCACCGCCUCAGGCCGCCAGCGCGCUGGCGUAGGCGGAGAGCGGUAGCCCGGCAGCCCGGUAGCCCGGCAGCGGCAGGCUCCUCUCCGGCUCCCCCAGCAGCGGCUCGGCCGCCCGGCGCCCCCCGCCAUGAGGAAGUUCUGCCUCUCCACGGUGGGGAUCCUGUCCAUGACCCUGCUCAUCGCCAGCGUCGCCCUGCUGGUGGCCCACGUCCUCCAGAGAGCGGUGGACCUGCAAGUGAAAGAGGGAACAGUACUAAAGAAUGGCACAGAAACCUUUGACCUCUGGGAAGACCCUCCUCCACCAGUCUACAUGCAGUUCUACUUUUUUAACGUGACCAAUCCUCUAGAAGUGGUCAGUGGAGAUACCCCUUUUGUGGAAGAAAUAGGGCCGUACACCUACAGAGAGUACAGGCCAAGAGUGAAUGUUCAUAUUUUGGACAAUGGCACCAGAGUCUCUUCUGUGAACCCAAAGACCUAUGUAUUUGAACCAGAGAAGUCUGUUGGAGACCCUGAAGUUGAUCUGAUCAGGACAGUAAAUAUUCCUGCAGUGACUGCAAUGGAAUGGGCCAAAUCGACUUCUCUACGGCUACCCACAGAGAUUCUCCUAAUAUUAUACCAAGAAAACUUGUUUAUGACACACACUGUCCACGAAUUACUGUGGGGCUACAAAGACAAACUUUUGUCAACCCUUCAUGUGCUUCAUCCUGAGAUUGAUUCAGAGUUUGGCUUAUUUAAUAAGAUGAAUGGAACGGAUGACGGUGAAUAUGUUGUUCUCAGUGGGAAAAUGAACUACCUUAACUUCUCGAAGAUCGUGGAGUGGAGAGGAAAAGAGUCACUGAACUGGUGGACCACAGAGUCAUGUAAUAUGAUCAAUGGGACAGAUGGAAGUGCUUUCCACCCAUUGAUAAGCACAGAUGAAACAAUUUAUGUCUUUUCUUCUGAUUUCUGCAGAUCUCUGUAUGUAACUUUUGAUAGCUUUGUGAGUGUGUCUGGAAUCCCUGCCUAUCGGUUUGUGCCCCCCGAAAAGGUGUUUGCCAAUACGUCAGUGAACCCAGACAAUGCAGGAUUCUGUGUGCCAGCAGGAAACUGCCAUGGCUCAGGUGUCCUGAACGUCAGCGUCUGCAAGCAGGGUAUGUAGCCAAGGAGUGUGGGGAAUACUUCUGGG